GGCGUAAUCAAGAGGAGUAAAACAUUCCUGAAGGAGAACACUAGAUUAAAACCUUUGCAAAACGCACUGAUUCUUAAGCUCAGCCUUGGAGCGAUUUCAAGCUUAUCCAGAAAAGGUAUUGUGAGAAACGGCAGCACCUUCCAGAGCACUCACGAAGUAAGCUUGAAUUUUCUUUGUUCUUCGUCAAUGGGUUCUUCUACUGGUGCCGAGGGGCUCGCUCCUCACGCAGCGGUUCUUCCCAUUCCAACGCUACGCCACAUCACUCCAUUCCUCCAUCUCUCCAGAGCUCUGGCCUCGCGAGGCUUCGUCAUAACUUUCAUCAACACGGAGGGCAACCACAGGGACUUGAAGGACAUCGUUUCACAGGAGGAGAGCUUUGGCUAUGGCGGCGGCAUUCGCUUCGAGACGGUCCCGGGCAUCCAAGCGAGCGACGUCGACUUCGCGGUCCCGGAGAAGCGGGGGAUGUUGUCCGAGGCAGUGAUGGAGAUGCAGGCUCCAGUGGAAAGCUUGCUCAUCAGGAACAUGGCCAGAGACGAUGAUCUCGUUCCUCCGGUCUCGUGCUUCAUCUCGGAUAUGUUCCCGUGGUCCGCGGAAGUAGCAAGAAGGACUGGAAUCCCAGAGGUCAAGUUCUGGAUCGCCAGUGCCUCUUGCGUUUUGCUCGAUUGCUCGUUUCCGCGAAUGCUGGAGAAGGGAGACGUUCCAGUCCAAGAUCGUUCCAUUGAAAAGUACAUCACUUACGUAGACGGCUUGUCACCACUGCCAAUCUGGGGCCUCCCGCGCGACCUUUCUGCCAUUGACGAAUCAAGAUUCGCUGGCAGAUACGCUAGAGCCAAGAGCUUCGCCACAACGUCGUGGGUUUUGGUCAACUCGUUCGAAGAACUCGAGGGCAGUGCCACCUUCCAAGCCCUCCGAGACAUCUCUCCCAAAGCAAUCGCUGUGGGUCCUCUUUUCACCAUGGCCCCCGGCUGCAACAAGGCAAGCUUGUGGAAGGAAGACACCGAGAGUUUAUCCUGGCUCGGCAAGCAAAGUCCCGGCUCGGUUCUCUACAUUUCCUUGGGCACCAUCGCGACUCUCAGCUUCGAUCAGUUCAAGGAGUUCUCCGAGGGACUGAGGCUUCUCCAGCGUCCGUUUAUCUGGGCCAUCCGACCCAAGUCGGUCGCCGGCAUGGAGCCCGAGUUCCUGGAGCGUUUCAAGGAGGCCGUGAGGAGCUUUGGACUGGUUGUGAGCCGGGCUCCUCAGGUGGACAUCCUCCGCCACCCUUCCACGGCUGGAUUUCUCAGUCACUGCGGCUGGAACUCCAUCCUCGAGAGCGUAGCAUCCGCGGUGCCCAUGCUUUGCUGGCCGUGCGUCGCGGAGCAGAAUCUAAACUGCAAGUUGAUAGUGGAGGACUGGAAGAUCGGUCUCAAGUUCUCGUGCGUGACCAUGCCGGAUCCUCCCGAGGUGAUGGCGAGGGACGAGUUUGUGGAGGUGGUGGAGCGAUUCAUGGGAACUGACAGUGAGCAUUUGAGGAUUAACGUGAAGAAGCUGAGCGAGGAGGCUCGUAGAGCAGUGUCUAGUGGUGGCUCCUCAUAUGAAAACCUGGAGAGAUUUGCUCAAGCAGUGAAAAUUUCCUAAACUUCAAUCCAAAGCUAAGAGAAAACUUCAAAGCA